GCAAGUUGAUUCACUCGAUGGUGGCUCAUCUGGAUGCGGUCACCAGUCUUGCGGUGGAUCCCAACGGUCUCUAUCUGAUGUCUGGUAGUCACGACUGCUCGGUGCGUCUCUGGAACAUGGAGAGCAAGACGUGCAUCCAGGAGUUCACGGCUCACAGGAAGAAGUUCGACGAGUCCAUCAACGACGUGGCGUUCCACCCCACCAAGUGCUACAUCGGCAGCGCCGGAGCCGACGCCCUCGCCAAAGUCUUCGUAUGA